UGCUCCGUUCUUGACCACUUCCAUCAGGGCAUUUUUCCUGGAGACACCUUUUCAAUUGUAGACUUGUAGUAGUAGAUACACAGUAAUAAAACAAUUAAUUAGAGUAGUGAAUGUGAGAUGUCAUGAUAUGAUGUUGAACGUCUUGAGUCCGAUGGUUGCAACUUGUUGGCCCUCAGCCUCGUCGUCUGCUUCUUUUAGGACACAACUGAAUAACAAACCACCACCGAUUGCUGCUGCUUGUUUAUCUCGUUCGGGGGCAGCCGUUAAACAUAACCAACUACUAAACCAUCACCCAGAUGAUGAUACUGAUAAUCGAGUCCAUAACAACAACAACAAAAAGAAGAAGGAAAGGGUGUUCUUUUUGGAUGUGAACCCAAUAUGUUAUAAUGGUAGCACUCCAAGUCUACAUUCCUUUGCUCGCUGGAUUUCCCUUUUCUUCUCCCAAGUCUCCCUUACACACCCGGUCAUUGCGGUUAUAGAUGGAGAAGGAGCUCACGAGUAUAGGAGACGAAUGCUGCCGUCAUAUAAAGCACACAGAAGAAAGUUCUCACGAUGGGUAUCUGCAUCCCAGGAAUCAGCAAAAGCUCCAGUACAAAGAUCUCAUCAACUCAUUUCAGACACUCUUAACAAAUGUAAUGUGCCGGUUGUGAAGAUUCCGGCUCAAGAAGCAGAUGAUGUUGUGGCAACACUCGUUGAACAAGUUUUACAUAAGGGCUACCAUGCUGUCAUAGCGUCUCCAGACAAAGACUUCAAGCAACUUAUAUGUAAAGAUGUACAGCUAGUUAUGCCUCUUCCAGAAUUAAAAAGAUGGUCCUUUUAUACCUUAGACCACUACAUAGCUCAAUACAAGUGUGAUCCAUUGUCGGAUUUAAGUCUGAGAUGCAUCAUGGGUGAUGAAGCGGACGGUGUUCCAGGAAUUCAGCAUUUGGUACCUGGUUUUGGCAUGAAAACCGCGUUGAAACUGUUAAAAAAACAUGGUUCUCUAGAUAAUCUACUUAACGCUGCAGCUGUAAGAACUGUUGGCAAACCUUAUAUUCAAGAUGCCCUCACCAAGCAUGCUUGCCACCUCCGAAAAAAUUACGAUGUUCUUUCUCUGAGGAGGGAUGUUAAUGUUAGGCUACAAGAAGACUGGUUGCAGAAGCGACCAGCAGAUAAUGAUAUGGAAAUUAUCUCAAACUUCAUUGAUAUGUUAGGACGAAACUCAUAAUUCUGAACGUUGAAAGAGACGUUUUUAUUCGAAGUGAUUUAGUUUCCAUUACCGUGAGAAAUAGGUAGAUUAUUUGUUAUAGGAAGAAGAGGGCAAGUGCUUCCUUGAUAGUUUGUAAUGGAGAAUAUUAGUUGAUCCGAAAGUUGAUUAUGUUACAUGAGUCCUAUAACAACAAUAGAGAAUAUUAGUUGAUCUGAAA